CAAUUUUAAAAUGAAUGCAUGUUUGUGAAUUUAUUUUUAGAUGAUGAAUUUACAGACUGUGGAGCUUAUCACAGUUUAUCACCAGUUCUACCCAAUGGUCUGUACAGAAUUAAACUUCCAAUCAUUGGUCACGUGACAGCAUUGUGUGAAAUGAACAUUGAUGGAGGGGGUUGGACUGUUUUUCAGCGUAGACUUGAUGGUUCUGAAGAUUUUAAUCGAUUAUGGUCAGAAUAUAAAAAUGGCUUUGGGAAUUUAACAGGAGAAUUCUGGUUUGGCAAUGAGAAACUUCACCAUCUUCUAAGUCAGGGAACCUAUCAACUACGGAUGGACAUGAGUGAUUUUACUGGCCAAACACGUUAUGUCAAGUAUACCCAUGUUAACGUUAGUGAGGAGCACAACAAGUACAGGAUGAGUAUAGCCGGAUAUUCGGGAAACAUUGCUGAUUGUUUCACCAGCGGACUUGGUAUAAACGCAAUCAUGUUCACAACAAAAGAUCAAGAUAAUGAUGCUCGCUCUAAUGGAAAUUGCGCGAUUGAUUUUUCGUCUGGCUGGUGGCACAAGAAUUGUCAUUGUUCGAAUCCCAAUGGAUUGUACCUGGCGGGACACACGAAUUUAUAUGGAAAAGGAAUUAUCUACACUUUUUGGUUAAAAGAAUAUUAUUCUUUAAAAUCAAUUCGUCUGAUGGUCAAAAAAGUCCAGGAUGCAUUGUAACAUAAGCAAAUACAUUUACAAUUAAUCAUUAAAGUUUUUCUCCAUUAGUGCUUCAAAGUAACAACGGCAUUGUUAAAAACUGGAAAAUAUAUACCAAUGUGAUAUGUAAUUAAGAUUAU